AUGCAACGGGUUUCGAGCUUCCUCCCAUCCUGGGAAGUCAGGAGGAGGACCAGCAACGCGAGCAGCACAAGCAACGGACGAAGCAGUGUCGUCACUGCAAGCAGUAUCAAAUCCCCCCUCGACAAGGUCUUUCGCUGGUCCAGCAAGGCACCCGCGCCGCUCACCACCGCAGCCCUCGCCUCAGCUACGACUUCACGAAUCGGCCGGGAGGCCUUCUGGCCGGCUACGCUCGACGCCGAAUGCGAGCGAGCCGCUCGCAUUUUAAAGUCAUUCUGCUCCGACGGCUUCCUGGCACCUUUGGACGACCAGACGAGCAGCGACGCCAACGCCGAACCAAAAACCCCAGCACGAAUUUUCAAGAAGAUUCCCUCUCGCAUCCUACAAAAUGCAGCUGGCAUCGCCAUUUUCACCUGCAUGCGAUCCGGCCUGUGGAUGACCGGAUCAGGCGGUUCAGGGAUCCUCAUUGCUCGCAAAGCCGAUGGCACCUGGUCGCCACCUUCAGGCAUUCUUCUCCACACGCCUUCUCUAAGCUUCAUCAUGGGCAUUGACAUUUACGACUGUGUCCUGGUAAUAAACAACAUUGCCGCUCUAGAAGCACUAAUAACUAAACCGACCCUUACACUGGGCGAGGACAUUGGCCUUACCACUGGACCGCUGGUUCCGCUGGAAUCUACAGAAGUCGACAACAGAUGGAAGGACCUUGACAACACAGUUCUGACGUACAUGAAGGCGAGAGGGCAAACUCAGACCGUCAACAUGAACGGCUGUAUCUUGACAGAACGAGCAAACGAAAACGAGAGGUUCUACGGUGGCAAUGUAACAGCGAUGGACGUGGUUGCAGGCAAUGUGUCGAGGUACGUGGAAGAGACACGCCCUCUUUUCGAAGUCAUAAAAGAGGCAGAGGGAAGGAUCGACGCCGACCAGGCAAUUCUGAAAAAGCUGUCGGCAUUGCCAGCACCGGGAGACGCCAUGAUCGAAACGCCUCGGAGUUCGCCAGCAUCGCCCAAGACUCCUUUCGGCAUUCCCAGCACCGAGGACCCUGACCCUUUCGGUGUCUUGGCUCUGGAGAUGGCAGGGCUAGAGAUCCGAGAGGCUGGCACCCGCCUUCGACCUACGAGCAAUCAAUUCGAAUUCCACCCUGUUCCUUCUAGCCCGGGCUUUUCAAAGUUCAGGCAAAGUGGCGAAACCUUCACGACGAAGAGUAACCGAGGCAGCCUGAUGUCUACCAAAACCAGCCGCACCAAAAUGUCCGAGGCUUGGACACAUUCAAACCCGACAGGGACGCCAUACACCUCGCCAAGCCAGAGCCAGAGCCAGAGCGAAGAUGGCGCCUCCGUUAAUAGCCUCCCUGUUCUGAAGGAGCCCUUGGAGGAGGAGCCUGAGGAGGUUGACUACACCAAGAUUGACUUCACUCCGUUAAGGCAGAUCAGCGGAAGCCAUUCGAUUGAGGGAACCGUCAUGACUGACAGCGACGAUCACCUGCGCACCGAUGUCAGCACUGCGGAUGAUGCUGCCACCAAGGCGUCUAGCAUCUACACGAAGGACGAUGCAAGCAUCAUCACCAGGAACGACGACGAGAACGAGAAUGCUCAGAGUGAUGAGCCAGCCGCUGACGCCGACGAUGAGGAGGACGAGGAAGACGACGACGAAGAGCCCAUCAUCUUCGAGGUUGCAGCCGUACAGCCCGCUGCGCGCACCGUCGUCAUGGCUGCUCCUAUCCACGCCAAGGGCGCUUUGGUUACCAUUCCCAAGAGGAUUCCCCCGCCUCUGCCCGCAAGAAGCCCCAUGAGAACUUCCCGUGCCAGCAAAAGUGAUAUUGGAGACGUCAGCCAUCUUCACAGCCCUCUUCAGUCCUCUUUCACUCUUUCGCCGAGACAAUCCAUCGAUGCAUGCUCUAUCCGAAGCGGAUUGGACAACAUUCCUUCGAUUCACGAGACGGCGCCGGAUGUUUCCGACGAUGAUGAGAGGAAGAAAAUCGACUCUAUUGUGACUGAGGGGCCACGAGUGGACGAUCUAUCUACCCCUGAGACCCCUAGGAUCCAGGAACCCGAGCAAGCGACGCCCAUGGCACCUGGAGCCUUUCCGGAUGACGGAGACUUCUUGAACCCCUUGGGUUCAUCCCUGAGAGAAACUACGAACUUUGAGUCGAGACACACCACUCCCCAAACAGUCAAUGUCGCAUGA